UGGAACUCUUCACCAUCAGUAAAAAACUAAAAAAAUCUAGAGAGAUGCUCCUCCUUCUCUCUAGAAAUUUCUCCCCAAAUCCUUUAAGGUUUGGUGGCUCUUUCCCACCCUCAUGGUGGCCCUUGCCUUUUCACCCCUAUGGUGGUCACGUCCCUCUCUUUUGAGAGCAGCCUCCUUCCCAUCUGUUGUCUUUUCAAGUCUUCACAAUACCAACGGUAAAGUCUCCCUUUCUUCUGUUUCGGCCACCACCGGAGCCACCACCACUAACAAAGAACAAGUUAGUUGUGGGUUUUCUUCACAUCCCACACACCUUUUCGGCGGAUGCUUCUCGCUCUUCGGCUACUCCUUCUCUCUCGCUGCCCGGAACUACUCGUCCUCCACCGAAGCCGCCAUGGGCUUAGGGUGUUGUCAACUCGUGCUCAAGGUGUUUGAUGAUAGGUCUCAAAGAAGCUCGGAUGAUGGUACUGUAUUUUUUAGGAAGAACCUUUUCAGGGCUGGUGCAAAUCAAUCUCCUUUUUCCAUUCAACAUUUGAUUCAUCCACAAAUUGUGAGUUUUUUCAAUAUUGUGAACCGGUAUAAUCGACUUGCGCGUGAUAAAGCUAGUGUUAAAGCUAAAGAUAUGAUCCUUAAUUUGAUAGAUAUAAAGAUUGUGGUUCCUAAACUCAUUUGUAUCUUGCGGAAGAGUUAUGUUUGGUGGAUUGGAUUAAGGAAUUGGUUUGGUAACUCCUUUUUAGGUUCUUUUUUCGCUAAGUUUGUUGAAGUCCAUAGCUUGUUUGGCUCAAUUAUUAGUGUUGUUGUUAAAUUGUGGAAGGGAAAUACCCUAACAAAAUCUCUUUCACUAUGUUUGUACCUUUCGUUUUUCAUCUAUUGAAUGAGUUUGUUUUACCGUAAAAAAAAAGUAAAGCUUAU